UUUUACCUUUUUUGUGCUUGCAAACUGUACGGGUCAUCACUUGACCCAGGAUGUCAGACCUAGCAUUCCGAUCCCAGUCUAGCAUUGGACCAGCCUUUGAACCCAUCAGGACAAAAGGCAGCCAAUUUUGGAGAGGGGACGAGAGGUUCCUGAUCAAAGGCAUCAACUAUUUCAAGCAGAAACUCGACAUAGAAGCCAGCAAGAAUGGAAUUCGUAGAUGGAAACAUCAAGACGCGCUCGCGAAUGAACAGCUUGAUGAAUUGCGCGAGGAUCUCGAAAUUCUGCAAGAAUUGGGGAUCAAUACGCUUCUUGUUCCACAGCUACACCCUACGAAAGAUUAUGGAGAAGCAAUCAACUUGCUCGCUGAGAAAGGGUUCUAUCUCAUUGUCGAAAUCGGUACUUUUGGACGAGAAAUUUUGAAGAAUGGGCGUGUCUACCGAAAUACGGAAAUCGAUCUGGAUGCAUGCUAUACCUUCGACGCGAUACAGGAUGAUCUUCGACUCGUCGAUCAUCUUGCGGAUUUUCAGAACGUGCUGGGGUUCAUGGUCGCGGGAGACUGCAUCAAUCGCAGACAACAAGUGACAAGAUUCGCAGCAGUCUUGCGCGCUUUCGUCCGCGAUACUAAAGCUUUCUUACGCCUGCGAGGGGGCCGAACCGUGCCGGUGGGAAUUUCCAAUCCUUGCGUGAUGGAUUUGCGGUUGCCGGCGUUGAAGUACUUCACUGCUGGUUCGCGAGAAGAAAGAGUGGAUUUCUUUGCUCCGCAAGAUUAUAGCUGGUGCGGACCAAGCAAUUUCCAAAUGUCAGGCUGGCAGAGAGCGGUGGAAACACUAGAGCGCGAUGAUGUUCGUGUGCCGAUGUUUCUGGCUGAGUUUGGCUGCAAUGCUCGUGAGAGGAUCUGGGAUGAGAUCGCUUGUUUGUAUGGGGAGGAAAUACUUGGGGCGUACAGUGGAGGUUGUGUGUAUUGUUUUGAGGAAUACUGGAAUGGAUAUGGAGUUGUGAAAAGAGGAGAGGAUGGCCGUGUAGAAAGAAAGCGGGAGUUUGAGACACUGAAAGGACGAUUGCAGGAAGCCAGCAGAGCGUCGGCAACUGCCAUGUCUGGCAUGGAGCCCAGAGAUUAUGAGAACUGGACCGGAGAGUUCCCUGGAGAGACGAGGAAUGAUUUGUGGUUGGCUACCAGCGCAUUGCCUCGAUGCCCUGGAGAUCUGGCGGCUUUCGUGCAAGAGCUCAGAGACGAGCGAGAAUGGGACGUUGUCGACAGAGUGGAAGGACUUGGUCUGGAGGAUGCAUAGGGUAGUUUGAGAAGAUUGAAGCUCGGUCACUAGAUCAUCCGAUAAUGUCAACUUGCCUCAAAUUCCGAACCGUGUGAGACAUGCAUGUGACUCCUGUUCCCGAUACUGGAUGAACUAGAUCGAAGUGCCUAAGAAUUGUGAGUAGCGAGGCGCGAGGGGAAGUGGCAGACGCUGUGGAAGUCCCCUCAAGCUGGAAUUGGCGUGAGUCGAUCUUGCCGUGAUCAUGAGUGCCAAAGAUAGAGGAGAAUCCGGGUCUGUGGUUCAGGCUUAUCGUAGCCCCUCCUGGCUAGUCAGACGCUCGUGAAUGGAUCGACCAGGCGGCGAAUGAACCAAGGUCAGGUGGACGCAGCGUGGAAAGUCAGUUCGGGACUGCAGUGUGCGGAGUCGGUGGUGAUGUGCUGUGUGAACUUGACUGCCCAAAGUGCCAGCCCCUUGCAUGAGGUAAAGAAG